UAUAUGUAAUAUAAUAUACAUAUUGUAUAGUUAAGGUCUAAAGGUGCAGAAGGUCACAUAAAUAUUUUGUUUGUUUAGGUAAUGUUCUUUAGAACUUAAGAUAAGUGGAUGUAUAAUAAUAUUAUCUAAAACCCAGUCAUUAUAUUAUUCGGUUUAUGUUUAUAGACGAUAAAAAAAUAUAUAAUCAUUUAUUAUUAUUUUGUAUGUACGAAAAGUCAUAUGCGAUUGGUUAUCAUUGGCAUACUAGAAUAAGCCCCCUUCCCCGCGACGCCGAGGAAUCUCGAGUCUUCCGCCGCCGUUAUCUCCGUAAUAAAGAGUUCGCUUUCAUUACUAUAAUAUCAUAUUAUUGUUCUAUGGCAAUACAGUCGGCUCACAAUCAGUUUUAAGUGUUGUCAGUUGUCACAGUAAAUGCACGUCCCACGGUCGUACAGCUGAGCGGUGAUCUCUGCGCCGUCUGCCAUAACAGACACUGUCGCCAUACCUAACUAUUUUCAAUAACUUAAAAAUAAUUCAUGGUAUUUGAGUUAUAGCAUGAUAUCAUACUAAGCAUCCGAUGUCGGUGAUUGUGGCUGUCGGUGUGCACCGAUGACGACGUUGGCGAUAACAGUAAUAAUAACAAAUAUUCCGUCUCGUUUUCGAUAACUUGGCCGUUCUCGAACAGCGCCCGUUUCAGUAUCCGUCCUCGUCUCGUCCGCAGCGGUUUUAGACGAUACGGCGCCCGAUGUAUUCGCAUCACAGAAGUAAAGACUCCCAAAGGUCGUCAAAGUUUACCACUCACGCUGCGGUCCAAUUGCAAAGGCGGCACAAUAAAUCGACGUACAGCCACCAUGUUGGGGGUCAGCUGCUCGAAGAUCUGGGCCACAUAGAAUCCGACCAACUCAAACGUCUCGUCCACGAAACAUUUCCCAGGUGCAACGUCGAUCUGAUACAUGUUGUCAAUGCCCCGCAGAUGUAUGGUAUGUACUUGCUGCGCAAGGAAGAAAUGAGGUAUGGUGACAAGGAACUUAUUCUAUAUCACGUGACCACCAAGUCCAGGGCUUUGGAGUCGUUGAAAAACGGACUUGACUGGCGGCGCACCAGGCGCUCCAAGUUUGGGCGCGGUGUGUCGUUUAGCGACGACGCCGACUAUGCCAACUAUUAUGCCGACCAUUCCCCCAAAGAAGAAAAUCGGGUGAUCAUCGUCUGUGCCGUGUUGGUGAACAAAACGCAGCGGGUGUCCGGCAAUCAGAAUUUGAUCGUACCGACAGGUGGUGCCGACACGACCCUGAGCUCUAACGGCCGCGUGUACGUUAAAUACAACGACUACGACUUCUAUCCUCUGUACCUUAUGUACUACCGACGGACACCGGUGUCACCGGCGAUUUGUACCCCCGAGAAUUUUUACCGGGGGGGUAAAAAUCGCCUGAGGUAAAAAUCGCCUGGCGUAACAGGCGAUUUUUACCCACCUUCAAAAUUUUACCGGAGGGGGUAAAAAUCGCCUGAGGUAAAAAUCGCCUGGCGUAACAGGCGAUUUUUACCCACCCUCGAAAUUUUACCGGAGGGGGUAAAAAUCGCCCGAGGUAAAAAUCGCCUGGCGUAACAGGCGAUUUUUACCCCACCUACAAAUUUUUACCGGGAGGCUAAAACUCGCCUACAAAUUUUUCUAAGAUACAAGAGUUUAUAGUGAUAAUUUAAUAUUUUGAUUAACAAAUAUAUCUGAUAAAACGCGA